CACUGCGACAUAGACAUUCGACGUUUAUUCAGGGCGUAUUAAUUUAUUCUGUCCAAAUAUUUCGUAAUGUUUUAGGGCCCAAAGUACCAUUUUUAGUGUCAAUUUGGGACAAUCUACCUCUUAGUUACUAUCAUGAGCGAGCAGAAAGAGAGAGGUGAAGAUUCAGGGGGCGAACUUUGGACGUCAAGUUGGGAGCAACAAUGUCUGGACGAGUUGGACAGCGAACCCAACUUGGACGAUCGGCUUCCUCAAGAACGCCAGUUUGCAGUUGAUAAACUGUGGUACAGUUUUCAGACUUGCGCAAGUGCUGUGACACAUCUGUAUAAACUUGAGCGCUUGACUGGUCAAUCCAAUGCCCUUCCUCUCUGGCUUGCAUUUCAGAAUGCCGCUAGUUCAGUAACAAAAAUGUACAAAGACAGCUUAGAAGCACACAGGGGUUCGAUAGAGCUCGGUACUCAGAUCGGUUACCAGCGACGUACAAGAGACAUAGUGGGCUGGGUCAAAAAAAGGAGACGCUUCAUCAAACGGGAGGAUCUCUUAGCGUUUCUUUGUGGUAAAGCACCCCCUCCUCGUAUUCGUCCAAGUCAGAUGGGUCGAAGUUCAGCAGAGAGGUCAUCUCCGAGAUCACACACACAGUCCCAUGAUGUGGUGGGACAUUCUGUAGAAACUACUGAUGAUUUACAGCCAUUCAGGGAGGCUUUAGCAUUACAAGGUUUAAACGGAGCGAUGGCCAACGUUGGUGUGUCCCAGUCUCCACCGCAUCACUCUCAUUCACGUCGCCGCCACGGAAACGUACUAGAUCUCUUCCCGGAUGAACUCUUUGCCCAUCCAGAUUCCCGUAAGAGAAACACCUCACCUAACGAUGUUCACAUGGACUCCCCUUCACAUAAACGUAACAGGCUACUAUGAAAAGAAGAAACAGACUGGCCGCUGUAGGUGUACUAUACUACCAUCAAAAGAACAUUUAAAAAAAAUAUUUAAAAAAAAACACACACAUGAAAAAAAAAAAAAAAAAUGAACAAAGUAAAAAAGCAGUGGUUUAAAAUUGUUAUAGAACACUUGAACGGUGGAGCUUAGGAAUGUUAAACAUUUCGGACUGGAGAUGUGCGACAAAUCAAGACUGCUUCGGAGCUGUUACAACCUCAACAAUGAGAGAAGAGGAAUGAGGGUUCUUAAGUUGUCUUCGGACUACCUCUCAUCUGUUCAUAUUGUAUUGAAUGAACUCCAGUGAAGUGUAGACAUUGUUGAACACAUCUUUCUCUCUGGUCAUGGUAAGUCAGUUUUUCGACUGUCUUUACGCGUGUGAGCAGAUGACGAGAACUAUAACUCUAAGUACGAUGAAAGAUGAGAGAGUCUGUUACAGGCUGAGUCUUCUUCUUAACACUUUUAUUUAGAGUAGAUCUUAACAAUUAUAUCUUGGUUGAAGGACCAGUUCCGUCAUUCAUAACAUGUUGCAAGGGAUUGUAUUUACAGUUUGCAGUGUACUGUAGUCUUUCUGAGUGUUGAUGUGAACAAGACACUUUUUCGGAACGCUCAAAAUGUCUGGUGUCUUGUCCCAACUGCAAUCAAAAGCCACUUGUUAUAAGUUUGACUGGACUUGUCCUAGUGCUCAUGAUAACGUUUUCUCUUCGUAACUAUUCUAAGUUAUCAUUGACAGGUUUUCUCAUGACCAAUCAGAUAAAAAAUCUUAAGCAGUGCGUUUGAUCUUAGUUGCUAGACAAAAGUGUGAUGUCACCAUACAAAUCACGAUGGUGAUACUAAACAGCUUGUCUUAAGAUGAAUCAUAGUGGUAUGUGAAAUCGAGCCCCCUGCAGUGUUUCCCUGGCUAAUGAGGUCAAUACAAACUAAGGAUUGGAGAAAAACUUGCACAGUGUUGCAACAUGCCAAAAAAUCAGCACUCACACAAAUGCAUGAUGAUUUCCAUCAAUAAAACCAAAUUAUAGUUCUUUAUACACAGGGCAAUGGAAA